CUUAUCAACAAAAUCACCAAAUUGGUACUCUUUCACUAAUCUUUCUCCUCGCUCCCUCUGUUCUGUCAGCUUCGCACCGCCAUGAACGCCGUAGCAACUGCGGUAGCUCUCUCUUUGCCCAUUUCCUCUUUUAGAUCGUGCAAACUUGAUCAUAAGAAGGGUUUGCAAGGAAGAUUUAGAGUGUUUGCUGUAUUUGGAGAGGAUCUAUGUAGGAAGAAUGCGUGGGGUGCGCUCUUUGAUGUGGAGGAUCCAAGAUCUAAAGUCCCUCAGUAUAAAGGGAAAUUUUUGGAUAUAUACCAAGCCCUAGAAGUGGCUAGAUAUGAUAUUCAGUACUGUGAUUGGCGGGCUCGUCAAGAUGUGCUUACCAUUAUGCUCCUCCAUGAAAAGGUGGUUGAUGUCCUUAAUCCUCUAGCUCGUGAUUAUAAGUCAAUCAGCACCAUGAAAAAAGAGUUGGCAGAUUUGCAGGAAGAAUUAGCUCAAGCGCAUAGACAGGUUCAUAUAUCUGAAGCAAGGGUUUCCACUGCUUUAGAUAAACUAGCUCACAUGGAAGCAUUGGUGAAUGAUAGGCUGUUACAAGGCAACUCUGCAACUGAAGUUGACCAAGCAUCCUUAUCUCCCAGUACUUCUGCACAAUCUGUUGAUAUUGACAAAGGAAAACUGCCUCGGAGAAGCUUGAACGUGUCAGGUCCAGUUCAAUCCUACCAUCCCCAGUUGAAGAAUUUCUGGUACCCUGUUGCUUUCUCUAAUGACCUGAAGGAUGAUACUAUGAUCCCAAUUGACUGUUUUGAUGAACCAUGGGUUAUCUUUAGAGGGAAAGAUGGGAAACCUGGAUGCGUCCAGAAUACCUGUGCACACAGAGCCUGUCCUCUGCACCUUGGUUCCGUGAGGGAGGGUCGUAUCCAGUGCCCCUAUCAUGGCUGGGAGUAUGCAACUGAUGGAAAAUGUGAGAAAAUGCCAUCCACUCGACAAUUAAAUGUAAAGAUCAAGGCAUUGCCAUGUUUUGAGCAAGAGGGGAUGAUCUGGAUUUGGCCUGGUACUGACCCUCCUGAAAGCACACUUCCAUCAUUACAACCUCCAUCAGGGUUUGAAGUACAUGCUGAGAUUGUCAUGGAACUUCCUAUAGAACAUGGAUUACUUUUGGACAACCUUUUGGACCUUGCACACGCUCCUUUUACUCACACUUCAACUUUUGCUAAGGGAUGGAGCGUUCCCAGCUUGGUAAAAUUUUUCACUCCUGCGUCUGGGCUACAAGGGCACUGGGACCCUUAUCCAAUUGAUAUGGAAUUUCGACCGCCUUGCAUGGUUCUAUCAACCAUUGGAAUUUCAAAACCUGGAAAACUGGAGGGACAGAACACCAAGCAGUGUGCCACGCACCUGCACCAACUUCAUGUCUGCUUACCGUCGACAAAACAAAAAACAAGAUUACUAUACAGAAUGUCUCUGGAUUUUGCUCCUCUGCUUAAGCACAUGCCUUUUAUGCAAUAUCUAUGGAGACAUUUUGCAGAACAGGUUUUAAAUGAGGAUCUACGGCUAGUGGAAGGGCAGCAGGAACGGAUGAACAAAGGUGCUAAUGUCUGGAACUUCCCGGUAUCAUAUGACAAGCUUGGGGUAAGGUACAGGCUCUGGAGAGAUGCCUUGGAGCAAGGAGCUAAACGACUGCCCUUCAGCAAAUAGAAUUUAUUCAUGGCAACUGCACAGUUAGAGUUAAUGAUGCUUUUUGGGGACCUGGAUUCAUACCUUGCCUCAGACUUUCUUGCAGCUAAACGUGCCUGCUGGCAGUUAACCUUGCCUUGGUUCCUGAAGACGCAUCUGAAAGGCCGUGGGAGAGCUAAGGAAAUGAUCAGAACCUUCUUUAUCAAUCAACAUAAGCUGUACACUUCUUUUAUUAUUUAUGUGUACAGUGUCAAAUUCAUUGUUUUUCUGUCCAUUUUUGCAUUCUGAUAUAUCCAUUAUCUCAAGAGGUGGCUUAACCCCAACCUGUAUGUGAGGCAGCUCUCUUAUGAUGUAACGUUAUUCAAUAAUAUUUUGAAGUUUGUCAUUCACUUGGAAUUACAAUUUUUGAUUAUUCCUGUCAUACAAAAAAUCAUGUAAUGGAAUAGACAGACUCAAAACGUUAUUGAACUUCCAA